AUGUGGCUGAUACCGUUCAUCCUCUCUGCCUACAAUCACUACUGGCGCUUCGUCGGCAUCUGGUCGGUCAUUUCGCUGGUGACGCUGGCGCUCAUUUUUCGGCCGCUCUUCAACAAGAACCUUAACCUGCGGCAAGGCACCUCCAUUCCGCGCCUCGUCUACCGCUGGUUCUUCUACCUUUAUUCAGUUUCAUCGGUGAUCGCCGUCACCGGCUAUACGGUGGUGAUGCUGACGCUGGUCGGCGUGAACGUCCUCCUCGGCAUCAAGCCGAUGUACACGCUGGACGUCGGCGUGCUGAUGCUCUUCUACGGCAUCUACUACGGCGUACUGACGCGCGACUUUACCGACUUUCUGGUGGACAUUCUCGCGGCCAACAUCGGCUACUACCAGCCGAGCAGCGCCCUGCCCAGCAAGCAGCUCAACUCGAAGAUUUGCGCCAUUUGUGGACGACCGCACGGCGGCCCGCAGCUCUCCGGCAGCUCCUCCACGGCGGGCCUGCUCGCCACCGCCGCCUACUACGAGGAUGAGGAUCGCAAUCAGGGCGGUGGUGGCAGUGGGAGCGGUCCUACCCUCGACCCGGCCAUUUCAGAGAAGACGUACACGCUGACCUGCGGCCACAUCUACCACCAGUACUGCAUCUUCGGGUGGUGUCUGGUGGGGAAGAAGCAGGUGUGUCCCUUCUGUCGGGAGAAGGUCGAUCUCAACAAACUGUUCGCCAGUCUGCCCUUCCAGAAGCCGCAUUACCUCUACGGAAACCUGCUCGACUUUAUUCGCUAUCUGAUCGCCUGGCAGCCGGUCAUUCUCUUUGCGGUGCAGUGCGUCAAUCACAUCAUGGGACUGGAGUGA